AUGGUCACACAAGCGACCCUUGGCCCGCCGCCUCGCGCCUCUUCUGCUCGGUAUUCCGAUGCUAGGACACAAACGAGAAGACUCCCUCUCGAGUUCGACGCGUCCAAGGCGCACAUACAAGACUCGGACGACGGCGAGGAUGGACAGAGGAUCGUCAAGGUCAACACCGAUGAAGUGGAUGCCAUAGCCCACAAGCUUGAGGCUAUCCUGGAGUUUCUCUCCAACCACACAGAAUUGGUCAUAAAGCCGGCUUGCCUACAAGAUUCGCCCCCGCGCGCCGAGAGCGGUACAGAUUUGCCGACGCAGUCGAUUCUCACAAUCCAAUGGAACCAGAAGCGCGCGCGCAGUGAGGAGAACCGUCGAUCGGCGAGGAAGACACGAAAGACGACGCACGACAAGGCUGGGAAAGAAGGGACUGGUAACGAUGCGGGAAUGGAUGAAGACGAUCAGUCAUCAGACUCAGACUCGACGUGGGACUUUCCACAAGUGGACAUGGAUAAGGAUGACGAGCAAACGCACAGUCCGCCUGAGAGCGACGUUGGCUACUCAAGCAGCCAGCUGGAGGAUCAAGAGGAGGCCCUCCGAAUGAGGCUCCUAGCCCAGUUUGACCCUGCUGCUGUCUAUGUAGGCAGUGCUGGCACUCCAGCCGACAACAAGGGACAAAUUGAAGUUCCUGGAUCAAGCGCUGAGCAAGCUGGGCCAGCUCACGACAGAGGCUUUGAAGACCAGGCAGCGGUUCCUCCUGAAGGAGACACGAAUUUCAAGUAUCUGAGCAGUUCGUAG